AUGUCUCUUCUCACUAGGAUAGGUACAGGCCGCCCGUUGUCUUCGCGCCCUGCAACUGCACUCUCCCGCCCGCGAACUGCCCAUUCGCGACCCAACACCGGGCGCCCUCAAACUGCUGCUUCGUCCAGGCAUGACUCCAGUUACAUUGUCGCGGUGAUCGAAGGUCGGGGCGUCGGAAGGGAAGUGGGCAUUGCUGCCCUGGACAAGGACACUGGGAGAGUUUCCUUGGUACAGCUUGCGGACUGCCCGACUUAUGUCAAGACAUUGCACCAGAUGCACCUUCACUAUCCCUCUAUCGUCCUCGUCCCGGACACAUUCAUGUCCCUGUCCGAUGUCUCGCUGACUUCGGGGGCCAAGACUCCACAGACGACAUCGCUCCUCGUCCAGUGCAUCAUGGACGAAUUCGACGGAAUCCCCGUCGAGCCCGUCAUGCGCAAGUAUUGGAGUGACACUGCGGGCUUGGAUUUCGUCAACCAGCUCAUGGUCGACAACGACGAGCAUGCUUCCACCCUUUUGGCAGUUUCAAACAAGUAUUAUGCGCUCUCUGCUGCUAGCGCGCUCUUCAAGCACGCCGAGCUCAGGCUCAACAUCCGAUUUUCUGCGUCUUCUCUCCUUAUUCGCUACACACAAGUCGAAGGGACCAUGAUGAUCGACCCCGACACCGCUCUUAACCUGGAGCUCGUAGGGAACAUGUCUGUCAGGAAAAGUGCACACUCACUCUUCGGACUACUGAACCACGCCUUUACCGCUAUGGGGGCAAGACUCCUGAAAGUCAACAUCAUGGCUCCUAUCACAGUUAAAUCUGCGCUCGAGGCUCGGCUUGAUGUAGUCGAGGAACUCAUUCAAACAGAAGAUCGCUUCAUAGAAGUGAAGAAUGCCCUCAAAUCGCUCAACAAAGUCGAUUUCGACCAACUCAUCAGUUCACUCGCCUCAUCGGAGGCCCGCGAAGCCACCAAUGCAAAACUGGCCUCAGCUAGGAUUGCGCAAAUGCUGAAUCUACGGAAUAUUGUGCAAAGUCUUCCUCGGCUCGCGAAAGCGCUUGAAGGUAGUCGGUCGCAACUCUUGCAGAUCAUCGCAGAGAUGAUUUCCGACGAACGUCUAGAGAAGAUGGAGAAAGCAAUAUCCGAAAGUUUGAACGAAGAAGCAACUCCCGCAAGGGGAGGAUUGAACGCAGUGAACGCCAGAGUAUAUGCGGUUAAGGCCAACUUCAAUCGCCUGCUCGACGUUGCGCGCGAGACAUAUAAGGAGAAUGUCGGAGACAUCUACGCCUUGCGCAAUCGCCUUGUGGAAGAACAUAACAUACCCUUGACUCUCAGCUACCGUGAUUCGGAUGCCGGAUUUGUCUUCUCCCUCAAGAAGACAGACCUCGACGAUGCUGGAGGGGAGCUUCCCCGAGGCUUUGUAGAUGCAACGCCUCAGAAAGGGCGAUGGGUAUUCUCGAGUAUAGAACUCAAAAAGAGGAACGCGCGUAUGAAGGAUGCUUUAGACGAGACGUUGAUUCUCAGCGACAAGAUUAUUCAAGAUCUAACGGACGAUGUCGUCGUCAAUAUUGGCGCCUUAUACAAAGCAUCGGAGGCGGUCGCACUGCUAGACCUUCUCUGGUCGUUCGCCCACGCUUCGAUCUUACGCCCGGAAUUUACAGGGACCCUUGCCAUCAAAGGGGGUCGUCAUCCUGUCCUGGAAUGCGUACAGUCUGCUGGCGCGACUAUUCCCAACGAUGUAUAUUGCUGUGAAGCCUCUUCAUUUCAGAUCGUUCAAGGCCCUAAUAUGUCGGGCAAAAGCACUUACCUACGGCAGAUCGCCCUUUUGACAGUGAUGGCGAUGUGCGGUUGUUUCAUCCCAGCCGAAUAUGGAUCCUUUAGGAUUCACGAUCAUCUGCUUACACGACUCUCGAACGACGAUGAUCUCGAGAGGAAUCUUAGCACCUUCGCAAGCGAGAUGGCCUCAACUGCAAUGAUCCUUGGUCUCGCGACGGAGAAUUCUCUUGUUCUCAUCGACGAAGUGGGGCGCGGCACUUCUGUGAGAGAAGGUGUAGCUAUCUCGCAUGCAAUCGCGGAGGAACUCAUACGACUGAAGUCUUUCGUCUUCUUUGCAACGCACUUCCACGAGCUCACAACCACGCUCUCACGACAGCCGUCUAAAUCGCGGCCGACAGCUUCAAAAUUCGGCAUCACCUUCCACUACAAGAUUGUUGAUGGCGCUUCCGAUCUCCAGGACCACUACGGCUUGGACCUUGCCCGCCUGGCUGACCUGCCAGAGUCGGUCAUCUCCGAAGCACGACGUGUCGCUGAAUAUCUUGCCGACCGAGAGGAGCGCGACCAGCGGCAGAGCAAGACGAGCAAGCUUGCCUUGCGUCGUAAGGCGCUCCUUCGGUUACGUACUCAACUGGGACAAGCCCUUGAUCAUUCCAGCUUGCCAGACGAGGAGCUUGCAACCUAUCUCGCCCGAAUGCAGAAGGAGAUAGCAACGGUCCUCCAAGAAACGAUGUGA